AUGGAUAUACAUUACACGUAUGACGCCCCGCGAAGUAGUUUCGGUCGCCAACCUCUGUUCUGUGAGACGAGAGUGGAGCUGUGCGACUCGGUGCCACCGAACCACCAGCUGCAGCGUGACUUCAUACUGCGCAAUCCCGUGCACCGCCACGUGCAGUUUACGGCGCCCCUCUCCCUGGCCACUACCAAUACUCCCUGUGCGGACUACACGAACACCGGAAUGGAUCAUGACGAGGGUGGGUGGCCGCGUGACGUGAACACGCAUGACCCGGAGGCCGUCCAGAGGUACCGCCGCCGGGUCGAGAAGGAGGACGGGUAUAUACAUAGCGUGAUGACUCUGGCACCGGCGAUGGAGCGCUAUAUUUACCAGAACAACGCUAUUGAGAUGUAUCAAACGUAUUACUCGGAUAUGCCGACGCUCCCGAAAUUGGAGCAUUGCGACUGUCGCACCGUGAAUGUAUAUCGCGACGAGCCGAAGAACGCGCCCGGCCGACCCAUCAGCACCAUCGUGUGGCAACCGGAUGGCGGCCGGCGAUUUGCGGUGGCUUAUGUGGACGUGGACUUCGAUAGGAACACUCGAAGCGCCAUGGACGCGUUCAUAUGGGAUGUAGAAAACCCCAACAAAAUCGAGGAAACUUUGUACCCUCCCAAUCCACUGAUAGAUCUGCAGUGGAGUCCGCGCGAUUUGAAUGUGCUCAUAGGUGGGCUUAUGAACGGGCAGGUGUGCUCAUGGGACAGGCGUUUUGCUGGCAAACCCACGUUAUUUUGUCCGCCGCACGUGGCACACCGUGAUCUAGUUCACAACGUACUCUUCAUCAACACCAAGAGCGGAACAGAAUUCUUCUCGGGGGGCGCCGAUGGUGGGCUCAAGUGGUGGGAUUUACGUAAUAUGAGCGAACCGACGGAAGAGUUGAUCUUGGAAAUGGUCAAGUCUGUCAAUGACACACCAACUUUAACUAAUUCUAAUGGCGUCAGUUCACUAGAGUACCAGCCUACGAUACCAACACGCUUCAUGGUGGGCACGGAAAACGGUCUAGUCAUGGUAGGCAAUCGUAAAGGGAAAAAUGCAGCCGACAAACUACCAGGAAAAUACAUAGCACAGCUAGGCCCAGUAUAUAAGGUAGAGCGUAAUCCCUCCUUUUUGAAGAAUUUCCUCACGGUGGGCGAUUGGAGAGCGCGCAUCUGGAGUGAAGAAAUUCGCGAGUCUUGUAUCAUGUGGACGCCGUACCAACGGUACAAGAUCACGGAUGCCGCGUGGAGCCCCACGAGAGUGUCCCUCAUGUUACUCACGCAGGGUAACGGCGUGGUGGCGGUAUGGGACCUACUCCGGCGGCAACACGAACCAGUGCUCACGAUACCAGUUUGCGAUAAACCUCUCCUGCGUGUGAGCGUUCACGAGCAGGGCAAACUGUUCGCUUGCGGCAGCGGUAAUGGCAACGUCUACUUACAAGAACUAACGGGGCAUCUGACGUACUCUGACAGGCACGACAAGGCACUCUUGGCCCAGAUAUUCGAGCGCGAGACCAAAACCCAGCGCAUAUUGGAGGCGCGACUCCGCGAGUUGCGGUUGAAGCAACGCCAAGGCGAGGAGCACAGCCCCUCGGCCGCCAGUGCCGAGUCGGACGCCGCCCUCGGCGACAGGGACCUGGCCGAUGCUGCGGCCGAAUACCUGGCUGUCGUCCGCAAGGAACAACAGGUUUCUUAG